UACAUUUUAAACCGAAAAGUAACAUCUACUGUAUUUCGAUUUUUCUUUUUUUUAUUGUAAGAUUAUUAAUCACUUAAAAAACUUGUUGCUAGAAGUUUCACUUAUUUAUUAAUGGGAAAAACAAAAAGGAUCUCUUGUUGUUGGAAUUUAAUCUUUAUAUUCGUGGCCAAAAUAUUCUGCAUUGUUUGGAGUGAUGACAAUUUAAUUGAAAAUUUAAAAUAUAAUAAUAUACAGAAAACAAUGUAUAGAGACAUAUCAAAAAGGCAAGAUAAGAUAGAAUAUAGUGGAUUUACUAAACAACAAGAAAAUGAAAUCUUGCAGUUGCAUAAUGAAUACAGAAGUAAGACCAUUCCUCCCGCAGCUGAUAUGUAUGAACUGAAAUGGAGUGAAGAACUUGCCAAACUGGCUAAAGAUUGGGCCGAUAAAUGUCUUUUAAUGCAAGGUCCCAGAAAAUGUCUACCAAUGAUAAGUCAGAAUAUAUAUAAUGGCCUCGAAGGAUAUAAAGAAGCUUUAAGUGAUUGGUAUGAUGAAGUAAGAGGAUAUAGUUAUGAAUAUAAUGUUUGUCGAAAUAUACCGUGUUUACACUAUAAAACAAUGAUAUGGGCUACAAUAUUUGCCGUAGGAUGUUCAACAGCUGAUUGCAUUGAUUCUAAAAACAGCACGAUGAUUGUUUGUAAUUACUAUCCUAAAGUUUUUACUUUGUUAGAGGAAAUUGGAAAGGAAAGCCAUACGAGGAAGGAAACAGAUGCUCCAAAUGUCUAUCAGGUUGUUCUUCGUCAGGAGCAUUACAGCAUCAGUAGAAUAAUAUCAAAUGAAAUAUUUGAUUCCUGUAGUACUGGCUCCAGAUAUCUUAAUGAUAUACUGACGACAUCCAUCAUUACUACAGGAUAUAUAUUUGUGAUAUUAACGUAAUAGCUGCAUACUAUACUGCUCUAUAUUAAAAGUUUAAAUUUUCUUAAUUGUUUGUAUAAAUUAAUACAGACGGUUUAAUUAAAGAAUAGAAAACAUAACCAAGAAUUUUUCAUUUCGUGGCAUUAUUAAAGGCACCCGAAUAUAAUUGACAGGUUUAAAUUAAUUACUUUACAGUUGUUAACUUAAACUAGAAA